AUGAAGCUCUUGAACAUUGUCAUCGUGUUGGCUCUCGCAUGUGUUCCAGUGCAGAGCGAUGAAGUGAAGAACCUCCGGGGAGAGGUAGCGCCGACUGAGUCUGGUUCAGCUGAUGUGCCAGCAAAGGAGUCUGAUCUCGACAAGGACACAGAAUCAGAGGGACCAAGUGAUGCCGUUGGGGUUCCAGAAAAAGAGCUGGAUGCCACAGUCGAGCAGGGUGACUCAGGUGACUCCACUGAAGGGGCUGUUGCCGAGCCUGACGCUGCCGAAGCAGAGGCUACUGAAGGCGAGGAGGAUCUGAUGGUCCGAACAUGCCGCCGUUGGGUGACUUGCCACGAUGGCUGGUACGGAGGCAUUCGCUGCUCUGGCGGCCGAUACUGCACCCUCUGGCGUUGA